UUACUCACCAAGUCAACAACGUGACAGACUACAGUUUGUAAUUCCCUAAAAAAUCAAAAAUGUGUCGAUAAAUAUAUUCCAACAUUUCUAAUCAGUACGGUAAUUCCGGUAUCACAUAUGGACAUUUGGUAAAAAUGUUUAGGAUCAAGCUUACAACUGUAACCCUUGUCAUUGUUCUAAUUAUUUUUGUUUUAAUUUCGAAAGCUGUCUUCGAUAAGGUGCACUUAACCUUACAUAUCGUUGUUGAUGAAGAAUUUCAUUUGCCGUUGGGACGUGCGUAUUGUAAAUUUGAAUUUGACAAAUGGCACCCGAAAGUGACAACUUUCCCAGGGUUGUAUCUACUAAGUAGUUUAUUGUUCGGAGCUUUCGAUCUUUGUUCAACGUACUGGCUGAGACUAACGUCUUUGAUAUUCUCAGUCGUUAACCUAGUAUUGUUUUAUUGGCUUCUAAGUGUAAAUAACGAAAGCCCCCCAUGGCAAAAUAUCAUUUCUUCUCUCAAUUUGGCACUACUGCCACCCUUGUACUUUUUCAGUCAUGUCUACUACACUGACGUUCCUUCACUUACUAUGAUUUUGAUUUUGUUUUUACUAUCGCAGCGAGGGAAUCACUAUUUGGCCUCGAUUUUUGGUCUGUUGGCAGUUUUAUUUCGUCAAACCAAUAUAAUCUGGGUUGGAAUGGUUUUUGCGUGCUAUGUAUUACAGGAAAUUAUUAUAAUUCAUCAAAAGAAAACUAAAACUAGUAAUAAAGGAGUUUCUGCAAAGGAACUGGGAGACUUACUGAAAACUGUGAAACGUGAUUUAUGGAGUAUCACUCAACAAACAAAAUUGAGUUUCUGGUUGAACGCCAGUUGUUAUGCAUCAUUGUUAAUUUUUUUCAUGUUAUUUGUAUAUUUCAAUGGAAGCAUAGUUGUGGGUGAUAAAUCAGCCCAUGAAGCUACAAUCCACCUCCCCCAACUCUUUUACUUUUCUCUUUUUUGCUUAUUCUUUGCGUGGCCAUUGUUUGUUCCUGAAGUUUUCAAUUUUUUAAAAUUUGUUACAAAGUAUAAAAUCUUCAGUUUGUCUGUUCUAGUACUAAGUCUAGUCAUAGUUUACUGCAAUACUUUAGUACAUCCAUAUAUGCUCGCCGACAAUAGGCAUUAUGUCUUCUAUAUAUGGAAUCGAUUUUACGGAAAAUAUCCUCUUUUCCGUUAUUUUAUAGUUCCAUUUUAUUUAUUUGCAUGGUUUGUGAUAGUAAAAAAAUUGUUGGAUAGAAAAGAUGUAACAUUCCUUCUUUUCUUCAUUCCAUGUACGACGGUAGUUUUAAUCGUACAAAAGCUAUUAGAAUUUCGUUAUUUUUUCAUUCCUUUUGUUUUGUUUAGGGUGAAAGUAAAACAUGUGUCUGUACAUUCCCUUUUCUAUGAGUUUAUUACUCAUUGCGUACUUAACGUAUGUACAUUGUAUUUAUUUUUUACGAGGACGAUUGAAUGGCAGGACUAUGAUUACCCCCAAAGAUUAAUUUGGUAGUGUUAUUAUUGUGAUAUGUAUUAAUAAUGUAUAUUUUGUGCAAUAUAUAUGUAUGGUGGAAACUGGGUGUGUGUGUCAAGUUACAUUUUUGACAUGUUUGGAACUUCUGGUUGUAUACGUGAAUAGUCAACAGGUGUCAACAUAAAUGUGAUUUUGACUGUAAUGCUGUCACAAAUAAACGAUUAAAUAAUUAAA